AUGUACAUCAAAUCGCUUUCUUUGCCGCUGCUGCUCCUGGUCAGCUUCGCCCUGGCUGGCUGCUGGGCGCGGCCAAGAGAUCUGCUGAACGAAGUCACCUCCCAGGAAGCCACGCCCGACGACUACAUCGACAACGAUUUGGUGCAACGCAUCUCGAAUAGGCCCGUGGUGGGGGCUUCGUUCCUUAAGCAGCGACACGACUUCUACAUGCCUUCAGCUCAGCUCUAUCCACAGCUGGUGAUACCCUAUGGCGGCGGCAACUACUACAGCAACUAUGUCCUGCCGAUGUCCACCUACGAGAUCGUUGAGCCGGAGCCAAUCUAUUAG